UUAAAACAUUUCCGUCUCUCGUUUGGUCGCGUGACUGAUUGUUUCGGAACUUCGGGAAAUCGCGGUGUGUUUCUCUCACGGGCGGUUCAUAGAUGACAUGAUGAAUGUCCGUGUGUGCGAUUUCUCGGGUUGAAACGAGUCAAAAGUGAGUUCCAGACACGCCGGGUUUGAUUUUUGAAUCGUUCAACUUCCUCUGCCACCCGACACGUCACUGGAGCCAGUUGGAUGGAAAGAGUCGAAAAAACAAGGGUCAUGACGGAGAGUACUCAUCAGGAGCAGGUGUGUCCCGGAGAAAGGGGAACGUUCUGAGGACCUGUUGCGUCUGUUGAGUCUCGGAUUGUACGAGUCUUCAGGAUGGAAGAUUUUCCCAGCUGUCCCAAUGUUAGCAUUCCCUGCUCCGAUGAGCAAAGAGACAAGAAGAAGCGCUAUACUGUUUACAAAGUGAUGGUCACUGUUGGAAGACAUGAGUGGUUCGUGUUUCGGAGAUAUGCGGAAUUUGACAAAUUGUACAAUAUAUUGAAGAAACAGUUUCCCACAAUGAAUUUGAAGAUUCCGGCUAAGAGGAUAUUUGGAGAUAACUUUGACCCAGAGUUUAUAAAGCAGAGAAGAGCAGGGUUACAUGAGUUCAUUCAGAGGAUCGUCUCUCAUUCACAGUUAAGCAACCAUCCUGAUAUUCAAGAUUUUUUGCAGCUAGACAAAUCGAAAAACUUCUCAGAUGCAUCAGAGGAUGAAGAUGAAAAGAGUAGCUCUAGUUCUAGAAACAUUAACCUGGGGCCAUCUGCUAAUCCACAGGCAAAGCCCUCCGACUUUGACUUUCUUAAAGUCAUUGGAAAGGGAAGCUUUGGAAAGGUUCUCCUUGCAAAGAGGAAACGGGAUGGGAAAUGUUACGCCAUCAAAGUCUUGCAGAAAAAGGUCAUUUUAAACAAGAGAGAGCAAAAGCACAUCAUGGCUGAGCGCAAUGUGUUGCUAAAGAACGUUAAACAUCCCUUCCUGGUUGGACUGCACUAUUCUUUUCAGACAGCAGACAAGUUAUACUUUGUCCUGGAUUUCGUCAAUGGUGGAGAACUUUUCUUUCACCUCCAAAAAGAACGAACCUUUCCCGAACCCAGAGCUAAGUUUUAUAUCGCUGAGAUGGCAAGUGCUCUGGGUUACCUGCACUCUCUCAAGAUUGUUUACAGGGAUUUGAAACCAGAAAAUAUCCUUUUGGACUCUCAAGGACACAUAGUCUUGACUGACUUCGGGCUGUGUAAGGAAGGCAUCUCGCAGGCAGACACAACCACAACAUUUUGCGGAACACCUGAGUAUCUAGCCCCGGAAGUUCUCAAGAAGCAGCCCUAUGAUAACACAGUCGACUGGUGGUGUCUGGGUUCUGUCCUCUAUGAAAUGCUCUAUGGGCUUCCUCCAUUCUACAGCAGGGACACACAUGAGAUGUAUGACAAUAUUCUUCACAAGGAACUAGUGAUGCGCCCCGGGGCGUCCACGGCUGCCUGGUCUAUACUUCAGACCCUGUUGGAGAAAGACCACACCAGGAGGCUUGGCUACAGAGAUGACUUUGGUGAAGUCAAAGGUCAUGCCUUUUUCUCAUCCAUCAACUGGGAUGACCUUGAGCAGAAAGAGAUCCCACCUCCUUUUAACCCUUGUGUGGACUCCCAGUAUGACAUCUCAAACUUUGAUCCAGAAUUUACUGGUGAGGCUGUGCCCAACUCUGUGUGCUUCUCUUCAGGGAUGUCAAUCGUCAACGCUAGCGUCAUGGAGGCUGAUGCUGCCUUUGUGGGCUUUUCUUAUGCUCCGCCAUCAGAAGAUUCAUUCUUGUUUGAUUAACAGUGAGUCGGCCGUGAAAUGGCUCUCUCUGAAGAAUUGGAGUUUUGUGUCCUAGUCAGAGAAUGAACCCUUGUGUUUUCUAACCAUUUGGAAUGCAGGGUGUUCAAACUUUAUUUUUAUGCUCAAAUAACAAAGUAUAUUUUGUAUAACAUUGAACACCUUACCUGAGACGUAGUUCAGAUGUGUUCGUAUUUGUUUCCCUCAGAAUUGUUUUCUAUGGUUAAAAUUAUUUGCAUUGAGGAAAUCUGGAUGAUAUUUGUACACUUGAGCAUCCGCUUGAUCGCAUUCCUUGUUUAUGUCUUGUAUGUUAUAUAUGACCAAUGAUGUUCUUGUAGUUUAGUCUUGUGUUAGAAAGAUGCAUUGUUAAUGUGUCAGCAAAACCACACCUUAAAUGAAUAUGCAUUUUGCUUUACACUGUUUAAUAUAACAUUUGUGUUGAAAUCAUUAAAUGUAUGCUUAAUUCUGAAAUCAAAUGAA